AUGGAGAUUAAGAGUUGUCCGCGCCUCACGGUGCUGCCAGACGACAUGGGGAACGGUCUGCAGUCCUUGCGUCAUUUGCUUCUACUGGAGUGCACGGCUCUCACCCACCUCCCGCCAACUUUUUCCGGCCUGACGUCUCUCGAAACCCUCAAGAUUGACCGCGCGAAACGCUUCAGGGGCGCGCUGCUAGACGGCUUUGGCAGCUUGAAAAGCCUCAAGGAGCUGUCGCUCGAUACUAUGCCGCGCCUAUCCGCCCUUCCUGCCUCCUUCUUUGGCGUUUCUUCCCUCACCAGCCUGGAAGUGGGAAAUUGCCCCAAAGUGACGGUCCUGCCAGAGGGAAUCGGACGGCUGCAGGCGCUCGAGGAGGUCAGAAUCUUUGGGAUGGACGGCCUGAUAUGUCUCCCUCCGGCUCUCCUUGAGUUGCCCUGUCUCCGGGCGUUGGACGUGCGGGCGUGUGAUGGGAUAAGCGGGGUGCUAGGCGAUGAGAAGGUGCUUAGACGCACUGCCAAGGGCUUUGUGACCAGCACCGGCAGCAGGAGCAGCAACCGCCCUCUGCUUCCUUCCAUUCUGAGCCUCAAGAUGAAGGAGCUCAAUGUCGAGUCAUUCUGUCCGUUCCUUGCUCGUCUGUCCUCCUUGACCCAGCUGAAGCUCCUGGAGAUGGACAGGCUUGAUUCUCUCCCUGAUUCCAUCUCCCAACUCUUGCAGCUGCAACGGCUCAAAGUUCCUGCAAGAGAGGAGGGAGAGGAGGGGGAGGGGGAGGAGGAUGGGGAGGGAGGGGAUGCGGAAGAGGAAGAGGGGGGGGAGGGAGGCGAUGUGGCUGGGGAAAGGGAAGAGGCGGGCGGGGAGGCACCAGAGGACGAGGAGAGUGGGGCUGAGGAUGAGGAUAUUGAGCAUGAGUAUGCCAUGGACAGUGACCAUGAAAUGGGCUUCGGCAGAGGCAUGGGGGAGAGUGAUGAUGAUGAGUAG